AUGGCUGACGCGUCUGAUCAAGAAACACCACCCCGAUCCGACGCCGAUCCUUUCUCUGCGUUCUCUGACAAUCUGCUGGGCGCCGUGCUGCUGCGCGUGGCGUGCAACGGCGUCAGAUUCGGCGGCCAGGAUUCUCCUAUGAGUGACGAGGACAAAGCCGAUACGGAAAAGAAGAUCGACAAGGCCUUAAUCGAGCCGCUCCCCUCUGAGAGCGCGUGGCUCGUCGGCAAUCCCGAGGCUCCUGGCGAGGCCACGAUCGCUCGUUCUUCCAGCGUGAAGUGCUCGUCGUCGCUGAUCUCCUUCCGCCACGCGCUCGUCUGCAAGCGCUGGUUGCGCGUCGCCCGGUUCGUGCAUCCCGCCAUCGUCGUUCCGCUCGACCGCUUCUUCUCCGCGCGCGCCCUCGCGUCGCUCCUCCGCGCGCCCGCCACCGCGGGGUUCCCCAACCUCCGCCACCUGCACCUCGCGCCGAACGCGCUGGACACCGUCGAUUCCGCGCUCGUGCGCGCCAUCUGCGCCGGAUCUGGGCCGUCCUUAACGCAUCUCUCACUGCAGCUGCAUGACGCGUGGCUGCACGUGACGCGCGCGCGACAGUACCCUCCUCCCGGGGUCGGCACGCGGGCGGCGGAAGUGGCGGAAGCGGCGCUAGCGGCCGGGGCGAUCUCGCCGGCCGAUGUCGCCGCCUUGUUCUGGUCUUGCACGCGAUUGGUCAGUCUUGCCGUGAACUUCGGGAAAGGGAUUUCCGAGGUACCGUCGGCCGUCAGCUGCCUGCAGCAGCUCACGAAGCUCAGCAUGUCCUUUCGCGAAGCCGUUAUCACGUUACCGUCCGAGUUCGGCAGUUUGGUGCGACUGAAGCGGUUGCAGAUCAUUUCGUCUUCCCUCGUGCUGCCCGAUUCCUUUAGUCAGCUGCCCGCCCUGGAGCACAUCCAGUUUAGUCGCUGCGAAAUUUCCCACUUGCCCAGCGGCUUCGGGCAGCUUCGAAACCUCAAGAUUCUCAGUCUCCAGCGACUAGCGCAGCUCGUCGAGCUGCCCGCCUCCAUCUGCCUCCUCUCUGCGCUUACCAGCCUCACCCUCUUUCAGUGUUACAAGCUCGCCAAACUGCCCAAAAACUUUCACCAGCUGGCGAAUCUGCGCACCCUGCACCUAGAAGAACUGAUUGCCCUCACUGCUCUUCCAGUCUCCUUAGGUCAGCUGCCCGCGCUGCGUGAGCUGAAAAUUAUAGACAACGGUCGCAUCACGCACCUCCCGCCAUCUCUGUCCGCCAGCCACACGCUCGAGCGCCUCUCGCUUCACAACUGCCUAGGGAUCUCGUCACUGCCGGACGUCAUCGGCCACGUCCCCACCCUAGAACGCGUCGACCUCAGCUUUCUCAACACACUCAUCACUCUUCCAGACUCCCUGGGUCGCGCCUCUCGCCUCCACGAGCUUAGAAUUGUCGGCUGCAGCCGCCUCGUUGGUCUCCCGCGCUCGGUUUCUGCCAUGUGCUCCCUCGCUCGCCUUACUCUCGACGAUUGUGCUGCGUGGGCGCUGCCCGAGGAUUUCGGGCAGCUCUCGAAUCUGGUGCGGCUGAAGCUGUCCUGCGAGCGACUGACUGCCCUGCCCAGGUCGUUCGGGCAGCUGGGGAAGCUGCAAGAGCUGAGGCUUCACGCCUGCUACGGGUUAGUCCAGCUGCCCGAAUGUUUCGCGAAUCUUUCGUCACUUGAAACCCUAGCCAUCUACGGGGGAACGUUGCUCACCUCCCUGCCACCCAACUUCGAGCAGCUCCCGCAGCUGCGACACCUGGAGCUGUUCAACUGCGCCAUCCCGAGACUGCCGAAGAGGUUCGGGCAGCUGCCGAAGCUGGAGGUUUUCAAGGUGGGAAGCACGGACUCUUUCACGAGAAACGACGCGGAGCCAGGGCAGCCCGCGUGGCCGCCUCCCACGGCGCUCACAGUGAGCGCGCAGGACGAAUCGGCCUCAAUGUUCAUGCUGAUGGACGACCCACUCCUACUGGACCAGCUGGAUGAAACGCUCUUGGGGCGCUGCCUGCUGUUCAGUUUCCCAAUGUCCUUCACCCAGCUCACCAGCCUGCAGCAGCUGGCCAUCGACGGGUGUGAUGCGCUGGAGGGCCUGCCUUUUGGGUUGGGUUACAUGGCAGGGCUGCAAGUGCUGCGACUCAAGAACUGCCCGCAGCUGCGCUCCUUUAUGUCCCUCCUGCCCUCUCCUCCUCCUACCUCCGCCUCCGCACAGGCCCCUCCUCUCCCAAUGCUUCACAGCCUGGAGAUCUCCAACUGCCCGAGUCUAACAAGCCUUCCACGCGGCCUCGAUGCUCUGCCGAGGCUGGAGCGAGUCACCCUGGAUAAGUGCAGCAAGCUGGGAUUUGCGAAUCAACUCUCCGCGUACCAUCGCCCCUCCUCAACCCCACAUGCUGCACCCAUCGCCCUCCCGCCCUCCAUCACCACCGUCUCCCUGCUUGACGUCUUCCCUGUAGCACGCUACCUGCCGGACUCCUUCCUCACCCUCUCACGCCUCACCCAUCUCAACCUGCACCAUCUCAACUCUCUACAGGCGCUCUUUGCGCCUCGCCCGCAUGGCGCCCGGGCAGCAACUGCCGUUGGAGAGCUGGAGCCGGGCACUGAAGACGAUCAGGUUUACGGUUUCCCGGUCAAUCCUCAAGCCGGUCAGCCUGCCAGUUUGACACUCCUCUCGUCUCUGCAGCACCUGGCUAUCGUGAGCACGCGCCUGCCGUUGCUGCCGAGCAAUCUCAGCGACCUCAGAAGCCUCAAGGUGCUCAUUCUUGAGAGGUGCAUUUGCAUGCCCUCCCUUCCCGACUCCCUACCUCACCUCCCCAACCUCGAAAAACUCGUUCUGAGCACCCUUCCUAGGCUGGCGCGCUUGCCCAAGAAUCUCGGGCAGCUGAAAGCACUGAAGGAGCUCACAGUGGAGGCGUGUGAUGCACUGACGGGGCUGCCAGCGUCCAUCGGCCUCCUCUCCUCCCUCGUGCUCCUCUCCGUGAUUGAAUGCGACAAGUUCUCCUCUCUCCCCGACUCCAUCGGCUCCCUCCCCCGCCUCGCCUCCCUCAAACUCAACUGUUGCUUCCGCCUGCGUCGCCUGCCAGAGUCCAUCUCUCGCCUCCCCGCCCUCGUGAUUCUCUCUCUGGAAGAUUGUGAGAAGCUGCAGGCACUGCCGGAUGGGCUGGCGGGUGUGGGGACUUUGAGGGAGCAUGCUCCCUCAUUCUUCACACCCCUUGCCUCCACGCCUCUCCUCAGUCUUCCCUAG